CUUAAACCAAGUAAUCUCGCUAGUGAUUUUCCCAUACUCUAUACGCUCUUCGAGCUGUGCAGAGGAAAUGGGAACGACCCUGAUAAGCAGUUGCAGGCUUCCGUGGAAAUCUAACCUGCAAACUACUACUCCUCUGCAUAUUGUUUGUCAUUCUCCGGUUGAUGACAGGCGCUCGAGAGUAAAAGCUAAUGGGUAUUCGAUGGAAACCGAUUUGGCCAGCGAAGAAGAAGAUAGGUUGGCUGGAAAUGGAGGUUUGACAAGGAGGCUGGCUUUAGUUUCGGCGGCGUGUUUGGUUUCAUCGACUGGUGCGUUGGGGUUCUCGGGAGAGGGAGUGGCGGCGGUGAAGCAAGGCAGUCUCGCUGGGAGGAUACCGGGAUUGUCUGAACCUGAUGAACGAGGUUGGAGGACCUACCGCAGACCAGAGGACAAAUCAGGAGGCCAUGGUGUCGGAUGGAGUCCUAUCAUCCCUUAUGCCUUUGCAGUGCCUGAAGAAUGGGACGAGGUUCCCGUGUCAAUUGCUGAUCUGGGUGGCACAGAGAUAGAUUUAAGAUUUGCCAGUCCUAAGGAAGGACGCCUGUUUGUUAUUGUUGCUCCUGUUCGCCGAUUUGCAGAUGAUAUAGCUGAGGAUGCGAGAAUUGAAUUAAUUGGACCUCCAGACAAAGUGAUAAGUGCAUUUGGGCCAGAAGUUAUUGGAGAGAACGUAGAAGGAAAAGUCAUGAGUAUGAGCGUGGCAGAACAUUCUGGAAGAACAUAUUACCAAUUUGAAUUGGAGCCACCGCAUUGUCUUAUAACAGCAACUGCAGCCGGAAAUCGCCUUUACCUGUUCAAUGUGACUGCAAAUGGUCUUCAGUGGAAGAGGCAUUACACUGAUUUGAAAAGGAUAGCAGAUUCAUUUCGUGUCGUAUAACUGGGAUGUGCUCUUCGUGGAUAUAGUGUGGAAGUUACCCUUUCUCUAUGAUUUUGUAUGAGACUUGCGGUGACUAUACAGUGAUUUUUAUAUA